AUGGGGAAUCACCUCCAACCUCAGAACACGGCCUCUACAACGCACAUUCCUCGCAUUUUCUCAACGCUAUCCGCUCUUGCCAUGGCUUUCUCCAUCACCAACACUUGGAUUGGCUACUCGGCUACGUUUGUCCCGCCGCUGUUGGCUGGUGGCGGACCGGCUGUGGUCUUUGCCCUCGUUCUGGCCUGUUUUGCAUGCACUGUCAUCGCUCUUGGCUUGGCCGAGUUGGCAUCUGCUUUUCCGUCUAGCGGAGGUCAAUACCACUAUGUUGCCAUGCUCUCGACCGAACGGUACCGUGAUCCCUUGGCUUUUGGUGUAGGAUGGAUCAGCGUGUUAGGCUGGCUUUUCACGACGGCUAGCACCACAGUCUUCUGCUCCCAAACGUCCCUCAUUCUCGCCUCUCUCUAUCACCCAGACUUCGUGUGGAAGCCAUGGCAAGUCUGGCUGAUCUACGUCCUCAUCACCGUCAUCUCUUGUCUUAUAAUCGUUCUACUCCCACGCUGGAUCCCCACAGCUGAACGCGUCUUCCUCUUCUCAUCGCUCCUCGGUCUUUUGGUAGCAUUCAUCACGAUCCUAGCUUCAAGCGAACACAAACAGCCAGCGGCAAUUGUCUUCACUGAGUGGGUCAAUGUCACAGGAUGGCCAGACGGACUGGCUUUCCUCCUGGCGACAGGUCAGGCCAUGUACGGCUUUCUUGGUCUGGACGGUGCAACGCAUAUCUCUGAGGAGCUACCGAACCCCGAGCGGACUGUUCCGCGAGUUAUUGUGAUGAUCAUGAUUAUUGGGACAAUAACGAGCAUUCCCUGGACGAUCGCUAUGCUCUUCAGCACAACAGAUCUCGACGCCGUGGCUUCAGCAUCUGUUCCCGUCUACGAGGUCUUUCUACAAGCGAUCAACUCCAACGCAGCGGCAACCUUUUUCACGGUUUGGAUCUGCUUCAUAUACUACGGAGCUAUGGUCAGCUGCUUUGUCACUUCUGGUCGUCUCAUCUGGGCCUUUGCUCGCGACGGUGGCCUCCCCUACUCACAUUGCUUUGCCAAGAUCCACCGCACUCUGCAUGCCCCUGUCAACGCCACGAUCCUAGCCGGGGUCUUCAUGAUCGUAUUCGGUCUCCUCUAUGUCGCAUCUUCAGCGGCGUACAAUAGCAUUGUCGGCUUAGCUAUCAUGUCGACGAAUCUUACCUGUGCCAUUCCCCAAACCAUCCUGCUCUUCCGCGGUCGACGUGUCCUGCCGAAACGUUACUUCAAUCUAGGACGGGUAGGAGGUCUAUUUUGCAACAUCUUCUCUACUUUUUAUGCAGGGUUAUACGUUGUCUUGUUUUGUUUCCCUUUGGCCGUUCCUGUUACCGCAGCUUCGAUGAACUAUCAAGCCGCUGUGCUCAUUGGCGCGCUGGUUUUCGUCACGAUUCUUUGGUAUGGCUGGAAGCGGCACACCUUCCACGGGCCAAGUCUUGACGGCGAAGGGGUGGUUCUGGACGCAUGCGAUGUAAAUAAUAAAAAGCACGCUCAUGAGGGCGAAUAG